AUGAGACUGCUUCAGACCUCCGUUGUAGGACUCAUCGGCCUUGUUGCCGUCACGAGUGCCUCGCCUCAUGUUGUGAAGAGAGAUGCCCAGUUCACCGUUGGACAGCCCAUCGACGCCAACGGCAAAGGGGGCCCGAUCCUGGGUGGCACCAACAACGCAAUCGACAGGGAGAACCCAGACAACCUUGGUCGGCAGUCUACUGACAACGGCGUGGUGCCGAACUUGAAAUGGAGAUUCUCCGACUCCAAAACCCGCAUCUUCAACGGAGGCUGGGUGCGCGAGCAGGUCAUUCAGGACUUGCCUCAAAGCCACGACAUCGCAGCUGCCCAGCAGCAUAUGAAGCGUGGCGCGGUGAGAGAGCUGCAUUGGCACCGGGUUGCGGAAUGGGGGUUUGUGUACUCUGGCUCAAUCAUCAUCGGGGCUGUCGGUGAAGACGGACGAAGCCAGGUUGAGCAACUCAACUAUGGCGAUAUAUGGUACUUUCCCAAGGGCGCUGCUCACUAUGUCCAAGGAGUCGCCGAAGAAUCCGAGUUUCUUCUAGCCUUCGACGAAGCUGACUUUGAUAAAAUUGGGAGAACCACUUUCAACAUUGUCGACUGGCUAGCACACACUCCGAGAGACAUCUUGGCCAGGAACUUUGGCGUUGAUCGUUCCGUCUUUGACAAGCUACCCGCCUCUAACCCGUACAUCUUCAACGGAACGGUGGCAACUACGAACGUAACAGUUCCUCCGGGGCAGUACCUAUCCGGCAACAGUUCGUUCGUGUACCGCACCUUUGAGCACCCGCCCGAGAAGGUUCCUGGAAACGGCGGCGAGUUCAGGAAGAUUGACUCUACCAACUUUCCUGUCGCGAAGACGAUUGCUGCCACCUUCGUUACGCUGAAGCCGGGCGGGCUGAGGGAGCUCCAUUGGCACCCCAACGCGGAGGAAUGGCUGUACUUUCACAAGGGCAAAGGAAAGGCUACCGUGUUCAUCGGAAGCGCCGCGGCGAGGACGUUCGAUCUAGAGGCGGGAGACACGGCGGCUUUCCCGGACAAUAGCGGACACUACAUCGAGAACACCUCCGAUACAGAAGACUUGGUCUGGAUCGAGCUGUACAAGUCUGACAGAGUUGUGGACAUUUCUUUGACCCAGUGGCUUGCUCUCACGCCGCCUGAAGUGGUCGCGCAGACCCUGAAGGUUCCGCUCGAGUUUGUCCAGCAAUUGAAGCAGGAGAAGCAAAUUCUCAUCUAG